CGACAACUCGCCAGCUUUGUGAUUACCCAAGAACUAAGAUCACAAUUGUUCAGACUUAUGCUGUCUUUAAUAGUUACGAGCACGCCUCGUCGCUCCGACUGGAAUGAAAAUGGGGGAGGAUGGUCUUGCAAUUGAAAAACAAAAAGGUGGAAGAAGAAGUCGACAAGGAAGAAAACUUUUACCUCGGCCCUCCAGAUUACACAAAAUUCGCUCCUGCUCAAAUAUCCAACUUUACGGCGAAGAGAAAGCUCUGGCUGUUCAGUAACCAUUUGGCUCAGCAGACGACCGUAUUUCCUCUUCACAAGUUCGAGAGCCAAGGGUUCUACGUCUCCAACGAAGAUGGGACCGUCAGCCUGCCUCCGGACGUUUCCCUGCAGCCGGUUCCUUCAUCGGCCAAGGACAAGGAAGAAAUGUUCAGGAGUUCUUUGACCAUCAUUCUCAGCUGUGUUUACGCCGUAUUUAUUGUAACCUUGGGCGUCGUUGUCUAUAUAGGAGAGCUGAUGUCUGGAAAAACUCCCAUGGCUGAGUUCUUCAGUAUUUAUCUCGUAAUAGUAGGUCUAGGUUAUUUGAGCUUUCUUUACAUGGACAUGAGAAAAUAUCUCAGAAUAUUAAAAAUAAGCGAGGACAUGGUUUUAAGGAAAUAUGAAUUGGCAGAAUCUCAAGAAACCGAUACCGGUGAGCCGGUCUCGAUAGUUUGGAAUUCUCUUCCCGAGCCGGACUUAGCCAUACCUCAUCAUUACUGUUUCAGCAGCGGCCGCCACUCGGGCAGCUUUUACCUGAAAGUCGGUGCCGCAGGUUUCUGCAUGGGCCAUCUGAUCCACAGCGGUCUACUGAUUUCCUACCAAGUCGCAUUUCUCAUCACAGACUCGAGCAACUUCUACAAAUGCGCCAACGUCCUGACCCUAGUUUUAGACUUGCUUUACCCGACCUAUUCAUUUUUUCAACUCUUUUUCAUCUUCAAAUACUCUAAUGUUAUAAUAAAUAGGUUUAAAAUAUUAGCAAGGUUUGCUUUAAUGCAUUGUAUCGGAUCAAGCUUGUGCUUUUGGAUUUGGACGAUAUUAAGAGAAACCGUUGACUCGCUGUAUCACAGCGAGACCGAAAACCCUAUCUCUCUUCAUCAUCUCAACACCCAUUAUAUUAUACACGACUUGAACAAUUCGUCGAACGUCAGCCUUGGAUCACUGACUUCCGAGCACUGCCGAGGGCCGAAGCAGUUUCAAAUAAUAUUCGCCACUUUUUCACCCUACUUGUACCCAUUUACAAUAGAGUACAGCAUACUUGUCGUCGGGGUGCUGUUCAUCAUCUGGCAAAACAUCGGCUCCUACAGCCACUGCACCUCGGACAGGAGCACAACUAAAGACUUCAUAUCAAACGUGGUCUUAUACGCCGACUGUCACUCGUCGAACAAAGGGCUGUUCGCAGGGCUGAUCGUACUUGCGGGGUCAUUCCUGAGUAUCAUACUUUUCUUCGUUGCUAUGACUGACAGUAAAUACAUCGAAGUCGGACUUUCUGUAAAUUCUUGUACUGAGCUGAUACUCAUAUUGUUGAUGACAGCCAGUGUCAUCCCUGCUUACCAUCAGAUCACUAAGCUGGACGUCAAUUCUAAGCAAAUAUCUCUACUCGAUGACCUUCUUCUCUUUACAUGCAUUCCAGCAUUUUUUGUGCAGACCAUACUGAGCGUUAUACCUUCGUGGAACUCCAACAAAUAUGUCAACCUGACUACCAUAAUACUUCAGAUGAUACAGGUAUUGAUUCAGACACCGUUCAUAAUCGACGGUUUGCGAAGGUGCGCCAACUCGAAAGCUCUCCGAUCCGAAAAGCCAGGACGGGAGCUGCUGACAUUCCUUAUAGUCUGUAAUGUAACGAUGUGGAUUACGGAGACGUUUGAAAUCAAAUCCCACUCUGAUCACAACGACCCGAGGUCCUCCUACUACGGAGAGUUUCUGUGGUCGACGAUAACACACCUCACGUUUCCCCUGACUAUGUUCUACAGAUUCCACUCUUCAGUCUGCAUGGUUGACAUUUGGAAAUCUGCUUAUGUUAAAGGAAAUUAACUUGUUUUUUGGAUAUUUAUAUUGAAUUAAAAAAAGUUUAUCACACUUUCCUAUUU